AUGGGCGGCUGGAUUGUGACCUCACUUGGAAUAGUCCUGGGGAUUGUCAUCGUGGCUACUCUAGUUCUUUACAGAAGACACUGCAUUGGCUGGUCGUGGGGUGCUCGAAACAUCUGGAGCGUUUGCGAGGAGUGGCGACAGCGGUUAUCGUGGCUGUGGGCACCCCGAGAAGAGAAGGUGGGUCUGGUGAAGGCACAGCAUCCAACUGCCCAGACGAUUCCAGGUCUUUAUCGUCAGUCCGGCAAUGCAUCCCAGAAUCUGCUGCACAGUGACAGUGAUCUACGCUUGGAUGCCCAGGGAGCAUUUACCCGAUUUGAAGCAGUAGACAGAGACCUGCACCCUCCCCUAGGAACCGGAAGUGCGAUUCCUCCGCAGCCGCUGCGACCAGCACCCCAGCCAAGACCAACAGCACGACCGAGGCCCUCACCCCUGCAAGCACCAACAGCAGCAGAUCAUCUGCGUAUGCAGCAAUCAGGCCCCGGGCCAUUAACUCCUCCCCCAAUUCCACGAGCUCCGGGUUCUCACAGGAGCAAUGGUCCCUCAGUCUUCUCCUUUCAGAAUGAAGUACCAAAGACCUACAGCAACUACGGCAACACCAGCGAUCAGCCACUCCUGCACUUCGACACGUACAAAACAACCACUGAUAGCAUUCAGCUGAGGCCCUACACCCGUCAGGAUCCCACCCUCAAUCACCACAACUCGCAUUACGAUAACAUCAAGAGCCUAGAGGAGAGAGUCCAAGAGGCAUACGUCAGCCGAAUGAACCGGGACAGCGCAUUCGCCCCAUACGAUCGCCAAGAAUCACCAUUCAGAUAUCUCGGAUCAUCCCACCACCAGGACAACGAGCUGACGAUUGUCGAGGACAAUAGAUCAGUCUCCAGUUAUCCAGGCUACGAGUUUAUCCAGAAGAGCACUCAACAGGUGCGUCAGCACAUCAGAAAUGACUCCCGGGGUACAUCAAGCAGCUUCAAUCUCACCAGCUGCAACAAUCCCACCACCCAGGCAAUCAUGGAGUCAAUAUAUGGGCCCCAGGUCGUCACAACAUUGCUCCAGAACACUCAGAACUACGGAAAUGAAGUGCUGAGAAAACCAGAAACACCGCAGAAUAUUGAAUUGACGGCAUACCGCCACACCACUUUUCCAGAUGAGUUGGCUUAUGGUAUGCAUGCAAAUACAAAAGCCCAGGGAUUGCAGAGAGUAUCUCAGUACAUUCAAAGCCUGCCGGAUCUACCCAUGUAUGAACCCAUGAAUGAUCAACCAGAUGAUCAAGACGAGCCCAUGUAUUCACAUCUGGAGGAUACUUCCGAUGGUGGAAACAUUGUACCCAGUGGAAAUGAGUUGACACCGAGUCCAGUACCACCACCUGCUCCUCCAGAUCCUCCAAAUCCUCUGGAUUUACAUCGCAAGAGUGAACCAACCGCUGGUGAGAGGAUCUUCAAUGCUCUCCGAUCAGUAACGUCCCAGAGUUAUAUCGACGCAUCCGAGUUUUAUAACUCGGUACUAUCUACCGCACAACAAGUUCCCAAACUCACGUUCCCGGGUAUGACGAGAUCAUCGAUACAGCUUGAUGAUGCAAAUACUUCGGAUAGCUUGCAGGAUGAAAUGGCUGAGUACUACGGUGAUGGUGAAUCAACGGGACUUAAUAUUGAUGGGUCGAGACGGGGAUCUGACCUGUACAGUCCGGAACUCAAUUUAAAAGCUCACCAGACUGCGCAGCAGGUUUAUAACAGCCUGCAAGACCCACCAGCUUCUCCGUUACUCCUAAAAGAUCUUGAUCAAGAGCCCUAUCCAUACAUGUCUGAUCCAAGCUUCACCAGAACUUCCGAGGACAUUUUCAAUAGCCUUGAACAAAGAAGAAAAAGCAUGGAGAGGCUGAACGGCAUUCACGAAUUCGUGGAAAUGGAAAUAAAUGAUACGCAGAGGAGCGCACACGAUUGGUUCGCGGUCCUCGAGGAGGUGCACAUGAAGAGACGACUGUCCCAGGAUGCAUUCAGUUGCUACACGAGUACGGAAAUUGACGACGGAAAUACAGGAAGCAGACGGGAGUCGCAGGGGCCAGAGCCGGAACCACCACCCGACGAGGCCAAUUUGAAAAGGGCAAUAAGCUGUGAGAGUGUUUGUUCAGAUACCAGUGUCGUGCUUGGUGAUAUUGAGGAUAUUACUGUAGUUGGGCAUAUUUGCGUGGGUCUCGAGUAUGAGAGAUGGGGUGGACGUGGGGCUGAUAUCGAGGGUGAUCUUGCAGCCAGUGUACUCGAAGCUAGGGACCUAAUCACACCUGAUGGCCAGCCUGCUCAGGAUACAUUAGUCAGGGUAUGUCUGCUGCCAGAUCGACAAACACAUGUACAAACAAGACUCUACAGGGGUUCACCAUCCCCAAGCUACCAAGAGAAAUUUUUAUUCCCUCUGGACGGUGGCCCCAUAGGCAGAACAUUGUUAUUAGAGAUAUUUUCCGUCGACAUUGGCAUGGGUGGAGGAGUUUCCCUCCUGGGUGAAGCCUCAUUGAAGUUGGGUCCAGCUGCUCGACCACCGGCCACAACUUGGUUACCUGUCGUUAGUCCAGCAAUCCCAGUGCCUCAUCUGGGUGAGCUGAUGUUCUCUUUGAGUUAUCUGCCGACUGCGGAGAGACUCACACUAGUCGUUGUUAAGGCGAGAAAUCUUCGAGGAGCUGACGCUGUGCCUGGGGAUUUCUAUGUUAAGGUUUAUAUGCUUCAGCAAGGAAAAAAGGUUCACAAGAAGAAGACGUCCUGCAAACGGGGGGAGAAAAGCCCUACGUUCAAUGAAGCCAUGAUAUUCAACGUUCCUGCACAUGCCCUGCAGACGAUUCAAUUGAGACUGACAGUAGCUGAGACAACUAACGACCAACUGACAAAUUCCAAAGCUGAAUCCAUCGGUCAUGUUAUCAUCGGUGCAACAGCAACAGGCAAGUCUUUGGCGCACUGGCGACAAAUGCUUGCAUCCUUGAGACAUCCAGUUGUAAUGUGGCAUCCUCUCAGAAAAUGAACAGCAGUAACAGAGUCUUACGAGACAUCAGCUUCAUUCAGUCUGUCGGAGGUGGGAAUUUAGUCUUUACUUUGCGAAUGGUUUUCCCUCUUUAUUUGGGUCUCUGUGAAUCCUUCGGAGUGAAUAUCGAUUCGCAAUCUGAAGUGGAGAAAUCGGCAAAAAUAUGGCUAAACUCCUUCUUGAGGCACGCCAAC